GCUCUCUCCAUAACCUUCUCUCUUCGAUCUUUUGGGGACUGUGUUUCUGACUCAGACCAUCCCUCCCCACACGCUCACAAGUAAAAACUGCAAAAACAAUAAAAGCAUCUCCCCCUCCUUCCCUCCCUACCUGAAUUUUCAAUCUCCCUACUCACUCUUUGUUUGCAUCAUCAUAUAAAACCCUCCCCCAGAUAGCCCAGUUGCUAACCUGCGGACCUCCACCCCAGGCGAUGGGGGUACUGCGCCACCGCCACAACCACCAUUAUAUAAGGCUAUCAACUGUCAUCACGGCCUUCACUUUUCUCUUGUUCACCUCAGCCUCAACGGCCGUAACCAGUCAAACCCAACUCGGUGGUGGGCAUCAUCAUCAAGGUGAAGGUGGUGGGCCAGCACUGGAGCGAGUCGUGACCCACCAGAAGAGUCGACUGGGUUCAUCGCCACCGAGUUGCAGAUCCAAGUGCGGGAGGUGCUCGCCGUGUAAGGCAGUGCAUGUCCCCAUCCAACCAGGUGUCUCUAUACCUCUCGAGUACUACCCCGAAGCUUGGCGCUGCAAGUGUGGCAACCAUCUCUUCAUGCCCUAGUAGAUUAAUUAAAUUAAAACCUUUUGUAAGUUAAUUUACUUUAAUUACACUAUUAGUAUAUAGUAGAGUCCAAUUUCAUUAGCUUUUAAAAAUCUGGUAGUAUAGUUGUUGUUGGUAAUCUUUUUUUCCCCAGUAUUUGGUCACUGACUGCAUAUACUGAUUAUUAUUUUUUUGCUAAACGUGGGGAACAAGUGAAGUGUUGGGAAUGUAACAUUUAUAUUUUUGCUUUUUUUAUUAAGUUUGCAUUAAUGCAAGUUAAAUUAUUAUGGGACA